CCGGCCCCGGCCCGGCCCGGCCCGGCCCGGCGCCGCCGCCCCCCGCCCGCUCGCCCGCCCGCCCCGGCCGCGUCGGAGGGCCGGCAGCGGGGCUGGAUGUGCCCGGCUCCCCCCGCGCUGAGGUGGGCAGCGAUGCAGAAGGCAGGCGGCAGCUUCGCCUCCGCCGAGAGACACCCGCUCAAGAUGGCAGAUGUGUGUUGAGUUUGGGGGGCUGCGAUCUCGCGUCGUUCGUGGCGGCGUUGCCAUGAAUAACAGGCGUCCUUGCACCGAUGGCCCCCAUGUACGAAGGUAUGGCCUCGCAUGUGCAAGUUUUCUCUCCUCACACCCUUCAGUCAAGUGCCUUCUGUAGCGUGAAGAAACUGAAAGUGGAGCCGAGUUCGAACUGGGAUAUGACUGGGUACGGCACACACAGCAAAGUUUACAGCCAGAGCAAGAACGUGCAGUCCUCCCAAGCAGCCGCCGCAGCAGCCGUCAACGCCUCCCUCCAGAUUCCCAAUCCGAGCAUCCCUUACGAACAGACCAUCAUCUUCCCAGCAAGCACGGGGCACAUUGUGGUGACAUCCGCCAACAGCACUUCUGGUGUGGUUGCAGUGUCUGGGCAAACACUGGGUGGGCCACACAACCUGAUGCGUCGCAGCACUGUGAGCCUUCUGGACACCUACCAAAAAUGUGGACUUAAGCGCAAGAGUGAGGAGAUUGAGAACACAAGCAGCGUGCAGAUCAUUGAAGAGCAUCCACCAAUGAUUCAGAACAAUGCCAGUGGGGCCACUGUAGCCACCGCCACGACCUCUACGGCCACCUCCAAAAACAGUGGCUCCAACAGCGAAGGGGAUUACCAGUUGGUGCAACAUGAGGUGCUCUGUUCCAUGACCAACACAUACGAAGUGUUAGAGUUUCUUGGCCGUGGAACCUUUGGACAAGUAGUCAAAUGCUGGAAACGUGGCACUAAUGAGAUUGUGGCCAUCAAGAUCCUAAAGAACCAUCCUUCCUAUGCCCGGCAAGGCCAGAUUGAAGUGAGCAUCCUGGCUCGGCUGAGCACAGAAAGUGCGGAUGACUACAACUUUGUCCGUGCAUAUGAGUGCUUCCAGCACAAGAAUCACACGUGCUUGGUCUUUGAAAUGUUGGAGCAGAACCUCUAUGAUUUCCUAAAACAAAACAAAUUCAGUCCCUUGCCCCUUAAGUACAUUCGACCGAUUCUCCAGCAGGUAGCAACUGCCCUAAUGAAGCUGAAAAGCCUGGGACUGAUUCAUGCUGAUCUCAAACCAGAGAACAUCAUGUUGGUAGACCCCUCCCGACAGCCAUAUAGAGUCAAGGUCAUAGACUUUGGUUCAGCUAGCCACGUGUCUAAAGCUGUGUGUUCUACCUACCUUCAAUCCAGAUAUUACAGAGCCCCUGAAAUCAUCCUUGGUUUACCGUUUUGUGAAGCAAUCGAUAUGUGGUCAUUGGGAUGUGUCAUCGCAGAGCUGUUCUUGGGCUGGCCGUUGUACCCGGGAGCUUCGGAGUAUGAUCAGAUUCGCUAUAUUUCACAGACACAGGGCUUACCAGCGGAGUAUUUGUUAAGUGCAGGGACGAAGACUACAAGGUUUUUCAACAGGGAUACAGACUCACCGUAUCCUUUGUGGAGGCUGAAGACGCCAGAUGAUCAUGAGGCAGAGACGGGGAUUAAGUCGAAGGAAGCAAGAAAGUAUAUCUUCAACUGUUUGGAUGAUAUGGCACAGGUGAACAUGACAACAGAUUUGGAAGGAAGUGAUAUGUUGGUGGAAAAGGCGGACCGGCGGGAGUUUAUAGAUCUGUUAAAGAAGAUGUUGACGAUAGAUGCAGAUAAGAGAAUAACACCCAUUGAAACUCUGAACCACCCUUUUGUCACCAUGACGCACUUGCUCGAUUUCCCUCACAGCACACAUGUCAAGUCCUGUUUCCAGAACAUGGAGAUUUGCAAGCGGCGGGUGAAUAUGUAUGACACCGUGAACCAGAGCAAGACACCAUUCAUCACCCAUGUAGCCCCAAGUACGUCAACCAACUUGACCAUGACUUUCAACAACCAGCUGAACACGGUCCACAACCAGACCACCAACCUGGCUCCCACCUCCUCCAGUGCCACUAUUUCCUUAACCAACCCUGAGGUCUCCAUACUAAAUUACCAAUCUGCACUCUACCAGCCCUCAGCGGCGUCCAUGGCUGCGGUGGCCCAGCGGAGCAUGCCCCUGCAGACAGGAACGGCGCAGAUCUGUGCCCGGCCCGACCCCUUACAGCAAGCUCUCAUCGUCUGCCCACCAGGCUUCCAAGGGUUACAAGCCUCUCCUUCGAAGCAUGCUGGGUAUUCAGUUCGGAUGGAGAAUGCUGUUCCCAUUGUCACUCAGGCUCCUGGGGCUCAGCCUCUUCAGAUCCAGCCAGGACUCCUCGCACAGCAAGCGUGGCCCAGUGGCACUCAGCAGAUCCUGCUCCCUCCUGCCUGGCAGCAGCUGACUGGGGUGGCCACCCACACUUCUGUCCAGCAUGCAACUGUCAUCCCAGAGUCCAUGGCGGGCACCCAACCCCUGGCAGACUGGAGAAACACCCAUGCUCAUGGCAGCCAUUAUAACCCCAUCAUGCAGCAGCCUGCGCUGUUAGCUAGCCAUGUGACUCUCCCCGCAGCCCAGCCCGUCAACGUGGGUGUUGCUCACGUCAUGCGCCAGCCACCAGCCGCCACCACCUCCACCAGGAAGAGUAAGCAGCACCAGUCGGCACCACGAAAUACAUCCACCUAUGAAGUUUCAUCCUCUCAAUCCAUCAGCUCGCCUCAGCGGUCAAAACGAGUGAAGGAGAACACGCCUCCCCGCUGUGCCAUGGUGCACAACAGCCCUGCCUGCAGCACCUCCGUCACAUGUGGCUGGGGCGAUGUGGCGACCAGCACCACACGGGAGCGGCAGCGGCAGACGAUAAUCAUUCCCGACACCCCUAGCCCUGCAGUGAGUGUCAUCACUAUCAGCAGCGACACCGAUGAAGAGGAGGAGCAGAAGCAUGCACCCACCAGCACCUUGUCCAAGCAAAGGAAGAACGUCAUCAGCUGUGUCACCGUGCAUGACUCCCCCUACUCUGAUUCCUCCAGCAACAACAGUCCUUACGCUGUACAGCAUCGCGCAGGGCAGAAUAACGGGAACACCUACGACACCAAAGGGGGUUCCGAGACUCACUGCAGUGGGAACCCCCGAACGAUCAUCGUGCCACCACUGAAAACCCAGGCCAGUGAGGUGUUGGUAGAGUGCGAUAGCCUGGCACCAGUCACCACCAGUCACCACUCAUCCUCCUACAAGUCCAAGUCCUCCAGCACCGUGACCUCCACCAGCGGUCACUCUUCAGGGAGCUCGUCUGGAGCCGUUGCCUAUAGGCAGCAGCGACCAGGAGCACAUUUCCAGCAGCAGCAGCCUCUUAAUCUAAGUCAGGCCCAGCAGCACAUCACGACUGAUCGCACAGGGAGUCACCGGAGACAGCAAGCCUACAUCACUCCAACAAUAGCUCAGGCCCCGUACUCUUUCCCGCACAAUAGUCCCAGCCAUGGUACAGUUCAUCCUCACUUGGCCGCGGCUGCCGCUGCUCACCUGCCCACCCAACCCCACCUCUACACAUACACCGCCCCCGCCGCCCUGGGCUCCACGGGCACCGUCGCGCACCUGGUGGCCUCCCAAGGGUCUGCACGGCAUGCCGUGCAGCACACCACCUACCCCGCCAGCAUCGUCCACCAGGUCCCUGUCAGCAUGGGCCCACGGGUUCUGCCCUCACCCACCAUCCACCCGAGUCAGUACCAGGCUCAGUUUGCCCAUCAGACCUAUAUCAGUGCUUCUCCAGCCUCCACAGUCUACACUGGAUACCCACUGAGCCCCACCAAGGUCAACCAGUACCCUUACAUCUAAACACUGGAAUAAGGAGUGAGAGACGCACCCGUGCCGGGGGAGUGAGGUGGCUGCUUUUGUACUGAAGAACAUGACAAACUAACAAUGCAAUGGGAGGCUCGCGUGAAACUUGAACGAAGGAGACUUUAAGGAAGAAACGAAAAAGAGGAAAGAAGGGGGAGAACCAAUUCUACACUUUUUAUUUAAAAAAAAAAAAGAAAAUGGAAAAAAAAGAACAGAAAAAAAUAAACCACAAAAACCAACCAUUCUGCACCAAACUAGAGAGAGAGAGAAGCAGAAGGGCCCUCCAGUGGGUCCUGUCUUGUGAAGAACUUCACCAACAGACUUUUAAAGGUUAUUUUCAUCCAAUAGUGAGCUACAUUUAGAAAUUUGUUGUCCAGAACACCUAAAAUGAAAUCCAUUAGGUUUUUAAUCCAAUAGGUAUAUGGAUUAGGGAUUUAUCCAGCAUUUCAAAGGGUCUGUACCCCGUCUUUGCAGUGGUCUUUGUAUCCCAAAGCAUCCAUAAGGUUGGGGGGUGGGUGGGGGGGGUGGGUUGUGUCUGGAAAUGGGAAGUGGGUAAGGGAGGCUGAGGGCAGAGAAAAUGUCCCAGUGCUUUAAAUUGAGACCUAGCACCAUGACACUUAAACACACCUGGGCAACACAGGCUUUGCGGCACUGGCUGAGAGCAGAAGCAAUGGAGAUGUUUCUCCCUUUCCUUGAACACACUGGAUAAAUCCCUGAGAAAUGCUGUUCCUAAACGAGAUCUCUAAUAAUGUAUGUUGGAUUUCAGUUGCGUUUCAUUUUGGUUUGUUUGGAAAUUUUCCUUUUCAAUCCCUAGCCGUUUUAGUAUAGGAGGAGACAUUUUAGCUGCCCCCACCCCCACCCCCAGGUAGAAUGUAGCACUAUACAGGUCAUAUGCCCUUUUUACUCUUUUGUGUUGAACUUCAACGAUACCAAUAGACUAUUCCUCAAUGUGAUUGCACAAAGAAAAGUGAUAUAACAUAGGCAUGUAACAAAUGUGAUUGUGCAGGUAUGUGUGUGUGCGUGUGCGUGCGUGCGUGCGUGUGCAGAUGCUGCCUUCUCUCUGUGGUGUGUUCCUCGGCACAGCCAUUACAACUGUCACAGUCUUAGUUUUACAUCAUUCCCUCGUAGUGCCUUACCGAACUACAGAUGCGGUUUAAGGGUUUACUUCCACUGGUACUCCUAGAAACUGACUGAGGCUAGUCGGAAUUUACUCUCAGCUCUUUUUCUUUUUUUUUCCUUUCUUUUCUUUUUUUUUUUUUUUUUUUUUUUUUUUUUGAGUUGUUUUUGCCGAUUUUCUUCUGCUAGCAGUGGUGGGGUUUUUUUCCCACAUCGUCAAUCUUCGCUCUCUUGGCGAGGUGUUGGGGAGGCUCGUCGGGGUUAGAAGUGCAUGUAGCUGGGUGUUUUGUCAAGCACUGGAUAGGCUGGAAGUGAUCAGGUUGGUUGGGAGACCCAGGUGACUCCCAGAGGGUCUGGGGAUUCGUUUGUGGACUGGUCUGUUUCUAUCCUGUUGAAAUAACAGGUUUCCUCCCGGGAAACCGCAUCCUCGUUCUGCUGUUUGCCGACGUUCUCGGUGGAGUGGGAGGACAGCAUCCACCCACGUUGUCAGGUUGUCCCGGUUGUGUCUGUGAAAUGGGAACAAAACUUUAGCCUGUGAAAGGGGGAAACACUAGCUGUUGCCAACAUCUCUCACUACGUCUGUCGAUGGGAGGAGGUCGGGAAAGGGCUGGAGUCCCAAAGCAAGCAGGAGAAAAUCCAGUUUCCCGAAUCAAACUCGGGUUUCUUACGUGAAAAAAAAGUAUUGCAAUACAUCAGGCCUUACCCGCUGUAAUGUAGCUGCGACAGCGUGUGCUUCCCCGCCUCCCUUCUCACCUAUGCCACGAAAGGUUGGAACCGGGGAGCACGGUGGUCCUGUGCGUCCUCCGCACCAAGGAACGCUACGUGGUCGUCUUGUUUUCUGACAGAUUCUAAAGAGAGCCUUUCCUACAGUUAGGUUUGGUUCAGAGGGGAGUUGCACUGGCAGUUGCACUGGUGCAUCAAUAUUUGGAAGUGUCUCUAGAGUACCCAUGCCUGGGGAGGAAGGAGAGAAGAGAGUUUGAUAGAACGUUUCCGUGUUUCCAUGAAAACUGAAGUCUACGUGGCUGCUCAGUUCCACUCUACAUUUCCCUGUAACUAAAGCAUGAAGUAUUCAGGUAUUUCACAAGAUGCUGGAAAAUAGCAGGUUCAUCAGCAGGGUGGCGAGGGAUGGGUUCCCUGGGUGGCAGCGAGGAAGGAGGCUCUCUCGGGAGGGAAAAGCUGACAGAAAGACAAGCACAAAUAUAUUGUCCUGCAGUAAGUGCUUGGCUGGCCUGGAAGAAGGGAUCCCGGUAUGCAUAGGCUGUUCAACAAGGCUGUUGUCUUCUGGCAGAGCACCAAAUAACCUCCCUGGUUGCCAGCUCUGGUUCCUGGGCUACCUUUGCACAGUUUUCUUCUCCUGCCCGUCCUUGGUUCCAGCUCAGUAUACUGUAGGUGAGGAUGCGAUCUCCAGCAGCCCAUGCACCUUACCCCCACCCGGCUUCCUUCGGAAAGACGACACGUCCCCUUUCCUCUGAGGCAGGAAAACGAAGCCCUGCGCUCGCUGUUGCAUUCCUCUCCUCUCCCACCAGUGCAGGAGCGAGAGUGUCAUGCUGCUUGUGUCAUGAAAAGGAAAGAUAAUGUUAUUUUAAUGUAUGGUUGUUAUGGUUAUGAUUAUUAUUUUAUUAUUAUAAUAUUUUACUCUGGGUUUUAAUUGCACACGCAUUCCUUAAUCUUUGUUGGUUGUUUUUUCUCUUUUAGUAUUGUUGUUGUUGUCGUUAAUUUUAUUUCUUUUCAUCAGUGGCAUCAGAAGGGUUGCUGUGAUUGUGAAAACUACAGCAGGAAGGGGAAACAAGAGUGUCCCAAGGAUGAAAACUCUGCCACUAACUUAGGGGGAGUGGGGCCGCUCUGUGAGAGCAGUUACAGCCUUGAGGGACAGCAGUUAUCCUCCAGGUCACGUCUGCAUUUCAGAAUAAUUCCAGAAACACUCAUUUAGAGGCCAAAACCAAACAGCAGCUACCGUAAUGAUCUGUCAGGAGAGCUGGAUCACAGGCAGGUAAGGACCUUGGUGCCCUAGGAUCCAGCUCGUUAUUACUUUGUUUGAUUGGACGUUUAUAUGAGACCAAGACCUAUUUGUGCUCCAGGCCACAGUCGUUGGGCCCCUUUGAUGAACCCACGGCCAUGCAACAUGUUAAGGGUUUGGAUUUCCUAAAGGAGAAAGCAGAUAGAUGGCUCUCCAGAAACAGAGCUAUCGGAGGAGCCGUGACGGAGGCUUGAGCGUGGCUCUCAGUCCCAUCACUGGAUAAAGGACACUGGCGUGCACGGAUGGCGUUAGCUGGGCAAAGCACGGCCGCAGACAGGGCAGGGUUCCUAACCUGCUCUUUCACUCUCACUGAAGUUCAAUCAGGUGUCCGCAGGACCAGGAUGCUUGGUUCACCUUUUUUUAUUAUUAUUAUUUUUUGUCUCUAAUGUAGAUUUUCCGUUCCUUUAUAAUUAUUUGUUGUGGAAUUUUAUUAAGCUAUUCUGGUUGCUAGAGAUUAGAUAUUUAUGUUUUUAUUUGCAUCGCCUCCUCUGUUAAAAUGGGGGGAAGCAGUGACUGAAUUUAAACUCCAUAAAAAAACCGAUAGGACUUCAGCAGAGACUUAAUCAUGCACUUCACUGCUUUCCUAAAGAACAGACUUAAACCCUUCAGCUUAAUUACUUGUUUAUGUGCUCCUCUGGCCUAGGACCAGCGAAGCGUGGAAGGUUGGAAUCUCAAUCACAGCAAUGUUUUACUUGUAUUAAUUGCAUUUUCCCUGUGUACCCAUCUGACCUGCUCUCCCACACGGGCUUGAAUCUAAUUUUGAGGGGCGUUUGGCAGUGAAGCUGGCAGCAAGAAGGGGCACAGUGCGUGGCCGAGGAGCCACCUUUCAUGUCCAUCCUGCAGCUGCUGAUGUGCCAGCUAUAGGUGAUCAGAUGAUGGUGGCAAUGGGACGCUGCGAUUGCAAGAGAUGCUUGGCACAGCCAUCGAAUUGCUUUGAUGGUGCAACACUGUGUGAGAGCUGUGUUUUCUGGUGAAUUUGGGGGAGCUGAGCAACAGCUCCCUCGUACCUGUAUAAAGGCAGGGUGUGGAAACAGGUGUGGUACUGUUAGUCACAGGGAAACAUGGUCGUUUCAGCAGAGGAAGCAAAAUCUUUGCAUGCUGUCGGUGCUGCAUACAUCAUAACAGCCGGCUUGUUUUGCUUGCAAAGUCCUUUGGAGAGGAAAUAGGAUCGGCAUGGUUGGGUUGGGUUGGUGUUCUUUGUGUGCGUGGGGUAAACGGCACAGAAACUUGAGAGGGGAGUCAAAUGUUUAGAUACUGGAAGUUUUGUGGGUGGCUUAUGGCUGGCACAGUGAAAAAGCGGUCUCUUUUCCCAUCACCUUGUCUUGCAUUCUUCUCGUGGGGGAAGCAGAAGGAAGCACGGACGUUGCCUCCCCUCAGAGGUGGAUGCUCAGAUUCCUUCCGUGAAACCAAGAUGCAGGAGAGAGGGGAGAGGGCCACUAACACGAGCAGAACAGAAAACCUGAAUGGAAGCACUUCUCACUGCAGACUGGACCAGAUCCAUUUGUUUGAGAGAGCAAAUGCAAUUGCAUCUUCCUCAGUUGAAUUGUACUUAUUUGCACCCAAGAAAUCGGGCCUUGGCAGCUCUCUCUCUCUCUUUUUCUCUUUCUCGUCAUUUUCUCAUAAUACAUUAAACAUUCCAAGAAAGGGACCCUUCUGUCUAUGACAUUUUUACUUUUUUAUACUUUCAAGGGAUUAUGUCUUGUAAUUUGGUUUGAAGGCAAUUCCAUUUGCAAACUCGAAGAGCGAUCAACCUGGGUUUUUUUCUUUAACCAAAGAUCCUUUUUUUUUUUUUCUAAGAGAGAGAAAGAGACCCCCACCCACUCCAGAAAUGAAAUGAACCCACAAGUCAUGACCGCCAGGCAAUGGGGAUACACUGUGGAACUCCAUCUUUCUCUUCUUUUUCUUUUUCUCUCUCAAGUUUUUGUCAGCAUUUGGAGUAGCUAGCCUGACGAGCAGAGAAAUUCACACUAAAUAUUGCUGCUAUCCUAAAGCGUAGGGGUUGUCGAAAACUUUUUUCUUCUCUCAUUAUUGUUCACAUUGAUGAAAGUGUUUCAGUGGCGACAAUGCAGUGUGGAAAUGGUGAGCUGCGUGGUGGGGAUGAGCUUCUGGGUGCUCUGCAUGUUUCUGUAGCGUCUCCUUUCCUGGAUUUAGGAUUAGGAUGCUGGUUUUGUGCUGUGAGUCGGACCCCAAACCGUGCUGCCAUGGUCAGGCCAGGCUCAGCUGGGCAGGUGUUGGACUUAGGUGUGUGUUCUUCCAUGGCUUGGCAGUCAGCCCAUCAGAGAUCUUCAGUGCUACGUGUGGGCCAGAUCCUGGAUACCUGUGUGCAAGGUCUGCAGAUGUAAUCCUUGUUGAGGGUAGGCACCACAGAAGGUAAAAAGGUGGGACGGGAAAGAUUUCUGCCUUCCUGCUGACAGAGCUGCCCCUGCUGUGGUCCCAUUUGCCGUGGGAGCUUCAAAGCAGUUGAUCUGCAGUCCUGGGCAGUCCCAAGUCCUGCUGGCGCUCCUGUGAGGAGGCCUGUGUCCAAAGUACACGGAGUCCCUAGCUGACUGCUUGUGGCCCACUUCCGUGCCUACCAGUUAUUUUGCUCCCUCCGUGCUCGGAGAGGAGAAGAUGGGUCUGCGCUGCUGGGGUUAUCCCACGGCCGUACUCCAACCAGGCUGCCUCUGAGGACGGUGAGGAUUUCACCCUGGGCUGCAGACGCUGAGCGAGGUGCACCAUUUUACAGUGGUGCUUGAAACCGUGGUGGCGGUCCCGUUGUAAAUGGCCGUGUGCGGGCUGCUUGCUGGAGUACUGUGUCGGACAGGAGGUCCUGGGCUCUCCAGGCUGGUCCCUAUCCCUGUGGUCCAUCCUUCCCACCACCCGGGAACGCCACUACCUGCGAGCGAUGCCAGGAUGCCCCUGCACUCACCGCCCACCGCAGGCACACAGCGAGACCCCCCGCAGGAGCAGCCCCUUCCAGUGAGCUUGGGCAGCGUGCGGAGGAGCACUGCUAGCCGAGGGCUCUGCUCUGGAGGGGUCUUCUUUCCCCCGUGGCAAACGGGGAGCCCAGAGGCAGUGUGACCUGUGAAGAGCUGCUGAUGCAGGUGGAGGUGUGGGAACCGGACCGGAGGUAAGCCAGGCUGAGCUCUGCACGUGUCAAGCGCUUUCAGUGGGAGGACACGGUUUAGAGCAUUUGUGUGUGUCAAGAGUGAAAUUCGAACGGUAGAUUGGCUUGGUUCUUCAGAAGUCUUAGGAAGCGUACUAGGAGGCGUUGUGUUCGGCAUUUAUGGUUUGAAACUCCUGUUUCUCAUUUACGGGUUAGCUUUGUCCUUCCAGUUUUAGCAGUGCUGCUAUAACAGACUAUUCAUGUGUGUUUGAAGAUAAUUUUUUGUUUAAUCUUUUUGCUUAUCAUAGUUAAUCUAAGAAAGGCAAUACUAAAGGUAUAUUUUUUUCCAAAAAUGAUAUUUUUUACUGCACUGAUAAAUAUUGUGACAUCUCUGUUCUUAACUCUUUUGCUGUGAGGGGAACUGUGUGCAGAUUCACACAAACCUUGUAAAUACUUGUGUGUACUUCUGACAGCCAGGGAUUAUUUUUUAUCUCUUUUUCUUCUUUUUUCUUUUCUUUUUCUCCUUUUCCCCUCUUUUUCUCUUCUCUUUUUCUCUUUUUCUCUUUUUCUCUUUUUCUCUUUUUCUCUUUUUCUCCUUCCCUUCCCUUCCCUUCCCUUCCCUUCCCUUCCCUUCCCUUCCCUUCCCUUCCCUUCCCUUCCCUUCCCUUCCCUUCCCUUCCCUUCCCUUCCCUUCCCUUCCCUUCCCUUCCCUUCCCUUCCUUUCCUUUCCCAUUUUUCUUUCUUUCAAACAAGGUUUCCUCUUUGAAACAGAAAGCAAUGGGGCAACAAUGCUCAGAGCAAAAGCAAAGCUUAUCCCACUUUCACGUAGCCAAGGAGUUUUUGCAGUGCUGGCAUAGAAUUAAUAUUUAAUGCUGAUGUGUUUUGAUUUUAUUUUUUUCUUUUUCAGCAAACUGUUUGGAAAGGAAUAAGACAGAAAAGCUUCGGUCUGGAAUUCUGAUCAGAAAUGUUACCUAUCUAUUUUAUGGCACCUCCAAUUUUUCUUUUGUUUCCUUUUUCUUUAAAAAAUCAAAACAAUAACAACAAAAAAGUUUUUUGCAGGCUUGCUUGCCUGAGCUCUAGGCUGGUCAGCUGCUGUCCCAUGGGUGCCCGAUGCUCCGGGACCACCAGCUCCUUUGGAAGCAAACCCACUGAUCAGAAUUCUGGAUUCUGAUUGCUUCAAAGGGUAUCCCCCAGUACUGCUGGAUACCUUCGUUUUUUUAAAAGAAGGAUUUAGAUACACUUAUAUUACGCAAACUGUGACCUAAUGGCAAUAAUUACCUCAAAUGUGGGCAUUCAUCCUGGUUUUAGCCUUUUUGAAAACAUGUAGCCAGCUUGAACUUUGAUUCAAAGACUCUGAAGUCCGUAGGGGCAGAAUAGCGAUAAAUGCCCACCCUGGUCAUUGUUGCUUGAGUGAAUUCUGAAGACAGUGAAUCUUUAAAAAGGAAAAAAAAUUAAACCAAGGAAUAGAUUACUCUUUUAUGUAUUUUAAUCAAUUGUGAUGUUAAAAUGCACAUGUAAGUAUAUAUGUUUAUAGCUACUGUAAAAUGCUUUGGCCUUCUAGAAGAUAUUUAAUGAGUCACAUUUUAAACCAAUAUGAACUGAAUAAUAGACUGUGGCUACUUAAACAGUUUUCUGGCUACAUUUUAUAGUUAUUACAGUGUUUUAUAGUUUACAUUUAAACUGGUACUUUUUAAGGGAAAUUUUGUGUUUAUAAGUGACACCUUCAAAAACUCAAUACAGCUGCCUCUUUUUAAUUUUGCCCGUUAAAAAUUGAAAAGUACAAGUGUGUCUUCAAUAUGUAUAUUCUGUUUUGAGAUAUAACAUAGUGUUGGAAAGUCAGUCCAGAGAUCAAGUAAUCCACUGUAUUCCAAAGUCUGGUCGAAAAAACACUCCACCCACUUUGAAGAUUUAGUCCAACAGAUAAGCUAUUUGUUUGUUCGCUUGUUUUAAUAACGUGCUUUAUCAGGCUCCUUGGGUUGAAGCAGGGAGCGCGAUACUAAAUUCACUGUUCUAUGUAGGAUCCUCAUCUGGAUGAAGAUACCCGCAUCAGGAGAAUGAAGGAUAUUCAAAGGAAGGAUUGUACUGUACUGUUGAUAAAUCAUUAGCCAAACGAUCAAUUCCUGAGUUAGUGAAUGCCUGUUUUUAUUUGGGGGGGAUGGGGUGGGGUGUCGUGUGUAUGUGUGUGUAACAGCCACUCAGAGGCAAUGCUGUAAUUUGGCUUUCAUCUGUUCACCCCUUUCUUACAAAUGAUGCUUACCACCACAGAAAUGUUCUGAACCAGUAAAGGAAAUACAAAGUUCACUGACCAUCUCCUUGUCAACUCUGUUUUCUCAGCCCAUGCCAGUUCUCGUCAAUGCUGUUUCCCUGCUGCUGUUAUCCUGUAGUUUGCAUUUUGAUAUAUCACAUUCCCCCCUCCCCGGUCUCGUGGAGCUGUCUAGUUUCAUCUGUUGUGUUCUUUCACUUGGGUAACCAGUGAACAUGGUAUAAAUGUCUGCUGGGCAAAAUGGUACUUGGAGGUCAUGAAAGUACAGGAAUUGGCAUUUAAAAAUAUGUAUGUGUACGUCUAGUACAGGAAUUGGCAUUUAAAAGUAUGUAUUUGUACGUCUGAAGAACGGAGCUUCAGUCGUGGAGCUCAGGUACUCUUGGGAGGGCUCCUUAAUGUGUUUCCAUCAUGCCCGACGGGGCUGUAUCAGUCAGCUUAGAGCAGAGGUAGCGCAAAGGAGCGAUCGGCGAUGCAUUGCAGUCGGGUGCAUGUGCUGCUCCCAGUACAAUCAGCGGCGCUGAGGCCGGGGGAGUGCAACCCGCCUCCUCCUCCUCCUCCCUCAGCACCAUUCCAGGGCUGCCGUGUCCACCUUGUCACCCACAUUAUCAAAGUGAUAACAUAUCAUAUGGCAAGCCAAAGCUGUCAGCAGCACUCGGGCCAGCUGGAAAACGUCCACCCUUUCUCACCGUGCACCACCACCCAACCAACAGGCUUGGCAGCCCCCGGCGCCUGCCUGGGCUUCUGUUCUCGGGGCGGGGGGGCACCAGCCCCACAAAUGCCAGCACACUGGAAUGAAGGAGCUGCAGAGUCUUGUUGAAUACUUUGGCUUGCAGCUUGUUAGGCAAGAAGGGGGUUCCAACACUGGCAGUGCACAUCCCGCAGGAUCUGGGUGGUUACAUAUAGCACCUCUGCCCUCAGCAGGGAAAUAAAGCGUUUCUGCAAUGCUUCCACCCCACGUGGUUAUGUACAACACUUCUGGCUUUUCUUACGCCGCCCCCACCCCCCGCUCCUUUUAUCCUGUAUGUGUUUUUUUAAUUUUAUUUUAUAUUGUUUUGCUCUGUAUUCUUCUCUGUACAAAACUUCCACGGAUAUUCCAGGGCACAACCAUUUCAGGUGUAAAAAAGGAUCUCCUCAUCCCAUGUUUCACCAACAGAGCAAUCAAGGCAUUUUGGGUACCAGAUUCUACUUGGGCAGAACCAGAAUGUAGCCUGGAUCUUUCAUACCAAAUCAAAUUUCUGAAAGGAGAGGAAGUGUCAUUAAUAGCUUUAUUAAAGGAGUGAGUGAGAGAGAGAGAGGGAGAGAGGGAGGGAGUGAGAAAGAAGAAAGAGGGGCAUCUCAGAAGGUGAAGAGUCUAGACUUCGGGUAGUUAAAAACGAACCAACGGGUGAAACAUUUUUUUAUGAGCCGUAAAAUCCUUUUAACAGAAGAGGGGAAAUGGAGGGAAUGUUUUAUGCCUUUCAACUGCCCACAGGCCCAGCGUACUCUGGAUGGAAAGUGGAAGUUAAUAUACACUGCACCAAAAUUAUUAAGAGGAAGAGAGGUGGGGGAGAAAAGCUGUGAAACACUGUCACAAUCGCAAGGGAAAAGAUUCCCGUGCCCCAGCUCUGGAUCUCGAGUGGUUCUUUCUCUACAGUAUCAUCUCAGCCCAGUAACCCCACGAAAGCCCUGAGCCGUUGUGUUCCUUCACUGUACGGUUUCUGUAAUAAGAGUGUUAAUCCAUGUUAAUCUUUGUGAAAAUUAUUGUGUGCAACAGUAUUUUCUUGUGUACUGCUUUUUUCCUAUGUGAAUUGUCCCUUUCUGUUUUCUUUUUUGCAGUUUUUUCCUUCUUUUUUUUUUUUUUUCUUUUUUCUUUUGGUAAUAUGUCUUUCUUCUUUCAAAAGAAAAAAACAAAAACAAACUGAUGUGUUGUAGACCUAUAUGUAACCUAUUCCUUAGUCUCAUAUUAUAGGUAUGUUAUAAGAAUGGAUAUUUUACUUGGCUUUAGAAUGUUUUACAAGAAAACUAAUUCUUAACCAAUCAAGUUCUUGCUACUAAAAAAAAAUGCUUGUGUUUUUCAUCAUGACGUUGUGUGCUUCUAAUUAAUAAUCAUUUUCGUUGUAGAAAAAUGGAGUGAAUUUAUAUUAGUCUUGGAAACUAAUAAUAGCAUUGUAAAUUUAUGAGAUGAUUUUAACAGAAAAUACAUUAUAGAAGAAUAUAGUUAUUUUAAUUGUAAUAUUACUAACUGUAGGGUGAGAAAGGAGGUCCCGUUGUGGUGAACUAUGUUAUAGCUUGUUAUUCACGGUUUCUUUUUGAUCAUUUUUUCGGUCUCUGAGGUGAAACGAGUUAUUAAUCAGAAUUUGUCAACUCACAUAUGCAUAUUGUAUAUGUGUAGAAAUGUAAUCACACUUUGUCUUGGAAUUACAUUAAACUGUUUUAAGUCACUGCAAA